CUAGUGACCCACGUUGCAUCACAACCAACAUGGCGGCCAAAAUCGUCCAUAUGUUGCCCGUCGUGAAAAAGCAAGUGAAGCAGCAUGUGAUUGUGAAGGUGGACGACCCAGGACCCCUGGGGUUCCUCCUGGGAAUCCCCAGCACCAAGACUGGCACCACCACGGUGGUAGGGUUAGGUGCCCUGGUGGGGUCGGACGGUACUGCACUGCAGCAGGAGGCUGAGGACAUCUUACUCCACAUUCCUGCAGGUAUAAGACUGAGUGGAGUUGCGUACACAUCAGAGCAACCGCCGACACCUGAUUAUGUUUCUUCCCAGUGUUUGAGAUAUGUGCAGGCUGGACUCAAGGAUGUUUUUGUAUCAAGCGAGUGGAUUGUACAACAUGUCCAAGUAGACCCAACCACUGAGAAUGAGGGGGAUGUACAGCCGUCAAAAGUGUUUCUUUAUGACUCCAACAGUGGCAGUGCCACCCCUGUUGAUGUUCGUGAGGUGGAAGAUUCCAUCCUUUCGUCCACUACAUUGUUGUUACGUCUCCAGGGGCAACUGUCACUCGAGUUUGAAUACAAUCCUGGAGAAGAUGAUGGCAUGUUCAAAGCCGUUGAGGAGGGGUUCAGAAACCUGCAGGAGAAGAUCGCGACUCCCGCCGCCAUAUUCCACCUCACGGACAGCGACGUCCUCCUGCGACAGCACGAAACCGUGGACGCAACUUCCCUCCCCUUGUCUUACCAGGACCCCUGCCACAGGCUGCUGCAGUUCGUGGCAAGAUCAGGCUCAGAGGAGUUGCCCAAAAAAGGAGGGAGCAAAGAUAGCAAAGGAAGAAGUAAUACACAGGAUGUGUUGAGUAUGCAGCUCCUGUUCCAGCAGACUGGUCUGGAGGCCAUGGCCAUGUUACCAUCCUGUGUACCUCUUAUACACUGGGAGAAAAGAAAUUUCCACAACGUGUGCCUGCCCGUGUCCAUCAAUGUGACUGCCUACAUCCACAGAGAUGACCCUGUGUCCAGAGUACCCCAGCUCCUGGUGGAGGCUGUGAACAGGCAGCUACGGGGGAUGGAGGCAUGUCUCAACAUGCACUUUCAGGGAGGCCAGUUCUGUGUGCCGACAGCCUACCACUUCCUCGCACCUGGCAUGCCGCAUCUGCUGACAGCUGUCUAUCCCAGCAGCCUCCCUGAUGACAAGUUAGACUGGUACAGGAAAGACCUGCAUCAAAGAUUCUCCCUCCCUACCGACCGUCCUUUGUUAAGGAGACAAAACGCUUAUGUUUUCCCUGAAGAUCAGCAUGGAGAUAUCUAUUUGACAAACCCACAUGAAGGGCUGCCGCCAUCUGGAGCUAAAGGUGAAGUGACAGUGGUACAGGGCAGGUACACGUACCAUCACUACAUGCAGGACCGUAUGAACGACAGUGGCUGGGGGUGUGCCUACAGGUCCCUACAGACUAUCUGCUCCUGGUUUAACCUACAGGGGUACACAGACAGACCUGUCCCAACUCACAGGGAGAUACAGCAGGCCCUGGUUGACGUAGGGGACAAACCAGUAACGUUUGUAGGGAGUCGGAAGUGGAUUGGGUCUAUAGAAGUCAGCACAUGUCUGAACCAACUACUUGGGGUGACGUCCAGAAUCAUGUGUGUAAACAGCGGUGCUGACCUGGGGGGUAAAGGUCGUGAGCUGGCACUGCACUUCCAGACCCAGGGGACACCUAUCAUGAUAGGUGGUGGUGUCCUGGCUCACACCAUCCUGGGAGUGGACUUCAGUGACCAGACAGGACAGAUCAAGUUCCUGGUGCUGGACCCUCACUACGAGGGAGGAGAGGACUUGUCAGUCAUUCAGAGCAAGGGCUGGUGUGGCUGGAAGAGUGUGGAAUUCUGGGACAAGACGACUUUCUACAACCUGUGCCUUCCCCAGAGACCUGAUAUUAUAUAACAACAUCAGCAAUUCUGUCAUCACACAUGACAUCUUGUUAUUACACUUUAAAUUCUUAUUAAUCGUGAUACAUUCAGGUGAAAUGAUUUAUACAACAGAAUGUCAAAUGGAUACUGGUUGUACCAAUUACAUGUACCUGGUAAAAUUGAUACCGUAUAUGAAUUAUUAUAAAUCAAGUGACUGACAGUAACAAACGAAAAAAGCUAUAAACCAUAAACAGCUACAACUACGCAGUACAAUCUCUGAAGUGCCAUGCCCUGGCAGGAUUUCUCUGUAAAUUAGUGACUGAAGAAAACAUCUCCAGAUUGGGCAGCUGCUGGAAGUAAUGUGUUAAAGAGUUCCCUUUUCUGUGAAUCAUGUGUCAGACUGUGAUUGUGCCAUUGAUAACUUCCCCUUUACGAAGGCUAUGAAUUAUGAGAAAUUUGAGGAAGUAUCCUCGCUAUUCAGCAUGUAACCAUACUCUCACAAGUACAUUCCACUGCCAACAAACAAGUGCUUGAAGUAAAUGCAAACUAUUUGUAACUAGUUGUAACUAUUCAGUUUUGUAUGUUGAAGAUGAAAGUUGAUUUGAAGCCAGAAAAGUUUCAGUAUCCACAUUUUUGAAAUGCACAGAUCAGUUAGAUUCUUAGAUGGCAAGCCUCAUUUACUUCCUUCUAAAAUCAUUAAGUUUGUUGUUGACUUGACUUAAUGCAAUGCAAGGUCUAAACGUUUUACCUAAGCCAGUCUCCUAUUGGGCUGGCCAAGGCCAAUAGCUGUCAGCUGUUACAACUUGUUGGACAGGGCAUCAUUAUGUAGCCCUGAUCCCCCCAAGCAGGGCAGUUGGUGACAAUAGCGGCUGUGGAGAGGUCCUCACCAGGUCAGUCUCAGUAUUUUCUGAGAGGAACACUUCCUCAUGGACUUGCUUGUGAUAUAUGCAUAGAACUUGCAUU